AGUCCGCUGACCGCGCGGCACCCGUUACACACACUGGAGAGUCUCUUUCCAGACAAGAGCCGCGUAUAUCGGGGGGAAAAAAAAAAGAAGAGAAGAGACUCGAGCAGCCGAUAAGCCAUGGCAUUUGUAAACGUCCUCGCCGUCCUCUACUUUUCCGUUCUGCUCUCGCUGUCCCGCAGCGAUGAUCCGUCUGCGAUAGGAGGCAUCGGAGCUUCGCAGCAGCAGCAGCAGCAGCUUUCGCGACAGAAGCGAACGCUCGUCUAUACGCCGACCUCGUCUAUUCUUCUGCUGAUCCUCGGCCUUGGUACACCGCUGCAGCUGGAGCGCGAGUCGGUGAUAGUCGGCGCGUUCACCAAGGCGAUCUACACCCUGCCAAACAACGCGAGCAUCUACACCGAACCCGGUGUCCACUACGGCCGCGAGGGUGACAUCCGCAAGAUCAACAGCACCAGGAGCCGCUGGAGCCUCUACAAGACCGUCAGCCAGCUCGCAGAGCUUUACGGUUUUGGCGACGGCCGCUCCUGCCUCCUCCGAGCCAUCUGCGAGCUUGCAAGCUCGCCCUUCGACGUUCGCCAGGGUCUCCUCCAGCAGCUCUUCCAGACAUUCUUCGCGCCGUCGAGCACGAAGGAGAUGUACGACGAGUACUCGGACAGGGAGUAUCACGCCGCUGAGAAGCUUGGAAGGGAUGAGAGACACGUGGAUGCGGAGAGAUGCCACGCCCUGUACCCCGACUGCCGGAGGAGCUUUCUCGACGUCUUUUCGGCGGUUCGACGAUACUUGGUGCCGCCGCUGCACUGAGCUUCUUUCUUGCUCAAUUCUUGUUAUGUAUUAUUCUAUAUACCCGGACUGUUGUAAGAAUAAACGAAUGAUGUGCGUCCGGCGUUUGUAUUUGCCAGGGGUGCUGGCUUCUA